AAGCCCCAGUGAAGGUUUAGACUUCCUCGACAGUUAGACUCAAACGACCACACGUUAAACUUCUCCACCAGCUGAGCAGAACCUGCUUUGCGCUGCAGGUCUGAUAAAUGUUUGAUUUCUCUGCGUGACGACAUUUGUUUUGGGAUGAAACUACAUUUUACUGCUGUGAAUAUCUGCUGUGUUCAAACAGAGUUACUUCUACAGCCAGUUUCUUCCAUAUUGCUGCUGUGUUAAAAAUGAUGACUAGGGAAUCCAUACUGCAGGAUUUAACCACUAUGUGAAAGCUCGACGUAAAUAAACAACAAACGGUGUAGUCCAGGGGUCUCAAACUGAUAUUUUGUGGCCCCCUCAAGGGGCGCUGCUCAUGCUGGCUGACCUGACAGUUCUCCCUCCUGUUGGGUGGGAUGUAGCUGUAAACAAUAAUUUCCCUGAGGUGCCCUAUCAAAGGGACCAAUAAAGUUUUAUCUCGUCUCUCUUACUUGACAUCAAAGUCUAACGUUAGUGCGGCCCACGCGUUUUUCUGACACGCACUUGUAUGACUCGUUGCACAGGGCGUUUCCUAUUUUUGAUCACUUUUUGUAAGAGGAAGCGCUGCCUAUUUUACUUUUUCUGUCUCGCUGCUCCUCCUCCUCAUUUCGCACAUCAGUUUUUAAAAAUCAGCUUUUCAGUUUUUAUGAUUUUUGCACACCAGGCGUCGAGCAGCUCGGUUCCAGAUCAUUGAUUUGUAGAUUAAGGUUCAAAAGCAGGGAGCAGGUAGGAGGAGCCUAUGUUCUGAAGAACCGUUCAUGUUCAGAAUUGUUAUUAAUAAAGAUUGAGAAGAUCGGAUCAGCUGUACUUUCUUUUUGGGAAUACUUGAAACCCCGUCUUUGUUUUUUUGUGGAACACUUGAUAUGGCCCAGACUACCUCCAGCCGUCCUCAGGUGAUCACCGGACAUCAACAGAGUAAUUUACAUAUAUGGAAAUAAGACAUCAGCACAGGGUGAAAGCCCCUUAAGAGACUCAGCAGAUACCUUUCACACCCUCUCCGGGGAUCAAUACCUGGUGAGAAGCUGCCCACGACUGCCCUGAAGUGUGACAACUGUCGAGUGGAUUAGCGCUGGCAGAGCCAUGCAGUGGAGACGACGCCACUGCUGUACGCAUGCAGCUAAACUCCUUUAUCUACUCUCACUGUUGGGCGUCCUGGUCUUUCUGGUUCAGCAGGUGUGGCAGCCGAGGUUCCCUGGUAUGCCCUGGUGGAGAGGCCACCCGGUGGUGUACGGAGGUGGAGGACUUCAUGCCACCAAAGCCAAAUGGAACACGAGUGCCUCGCAUUCAGUGUGGAGGCUUGUGAUAGUUCCUCAGCCGACUUUUAAGGCUGACGCUAACAUCAGCUCCCAGGAGAAGCGAGGUGUUUUCCCUCCUCAAGCAGAUCCAAAUUUCGAGAACAACCUUGCAGCAAACACAAGCCAAAGUGAAGUGGGAGACCUUAGUGGCACAAUAACCCAGGGGCCUUUCCCUUAUAUCCUCAAUGAACCUAACAAAUGCACAGAGAACAGACCUGCACCGUUCCUGGUGCUGCUGAUUGCCACCGAGGCUCGGCAGGUGGAAGCAAGGAACGCCAUACGGCAGACGUGGGGGAAUGAGAGUGUGGCACCCACUCUGGGAUUUAUACGGCUGUUUCUGCUGGGGAAGAAAGAGGGAGAGCUGGGACUUCUGCAACAAAGGAUGCUAGAAGCAGAGAGCCGGAGGCACCACGACAUCAUUCAGCAGGACUUUCUGGAUUCCUACAAAAACCUGACCUUAAAGACUUUGAUGGGAAUGAACUGGGUAGCGCUGCACUGUCCAAAGGCAAGCUAUGUCAUGAAAACUGACAGCGACAUGUUCGUCAACACCGAGUACCUCAUUUAUAAGCUGCUCAAGCCAGAACUGAGGCCGAGGAUGAACUACUUCACAGGAAAUAACAUGAGAGGAUUUGCACCCAACCGAAAUAAAAACAGCAAGUGGUACAUGCCCCCCGAGCUGUACCCGGGUGAAAAGUAUCCCACUUUUUGCUCUGGGACUGGUUACGUCUUCUCAGGAGACGUGGCGAGGAAAAUCUAUCAAGCAUCUCUAAGCAUCCGCUACCUGCACCUGGAGGACGUUUACGUGGGAGUAUGCCUGGCCAAGCUCCGGAUCGAGCCCACUCCUCCACCCAAUGAGUUCCUGUUCAACCACUGGCGGGUGUCUUACUCCAGCUGCAAGUACAGCCAUCUGAUAACGUCACACGGGUUUCAUCCCAACGAACUCCUCAAGUACUGGCACCACCUUCAGAGCAACAAACGCAGCGCCUGUCUCAACAUGUUUAAAGAGAGAGCAGGCAAACCACACUCCAACAGAAUGGCCGGAGAGAAAGCAGCUCACUGACUGACGACAGCAUUCACAAGCUCCUGGUUACGUCAGGAUUGACAUAUCAGCACAUUCUCUUCUUAGCUCGAUAUUGAGGGUUUAAUCUGAGGGUUUCUGCAUAAAUACUGUAUGAAAACUGAUGAAGUGUUCUGAAACUAUUGCCAAUUUUUCUACAAAAGAGAUGAAAACCGUUUCUGACCACUGAAGAGUUUACGUACACAGUUCUAUUUUGUGAAAGGACGAGCGGUGUUUCACUGUGGUGCAAAAGCUAUUUUUUUUGGGUAACUAAUUAGCUCUACCGUAUGUGUUUUAUAAAACUAAAGUGGACAGGGUACUGCAAAUAAACAUUUCCACAUGUGUAUCA